UGGGGGCGUGGGUGUGGGCAGGGUCGGCUUUGACACCGAGCUUUGGGUGGAACUUGGGGUUGACCCGAAGAGGUGCUGAGUGCAGAACCCAAGUUUGGUUUACUUAAGAUUUGAACGCCAGAAUUUGUCUCUUGGGCGCUGUCUUGUGUCAGGGUCCCCCGGUGGACGAGGUAGCCAGAGGGGGCAAGGCGAUCACGUAGGCGUCCCACUACCCUGAUCCCGCUGCGCCAUCCGGGAACCACGUGUGGCUGUCGCCCGCCACUCUGCCUGUCAAGCUCAGCCCAUCCCCAGGGCCGGGAGGGGACGCGGAGGCGGGGUGGGCUGUGCCCCGCUGGAACCCAGCCGGCCGGUGUCCGCCGGAGCGGCUGUGCCUGCCUGCUGCUCCUGCCGCUGCUGACAGGAGCGGGUGGCACAAGGGGUCCUGCCCUAAGAUCGAGGAGCCAAAGGGGAGCCUUGCGCUGGGUUCCGGCAGACAGGUCAGAAAGCUGCCCCAGUGACUGGUCCUGGUGGUGCCUCUCCCAAGGACACUCCGAGAAUCCUGGGGUCAGCAAUCUGUAGGUGGCCAAGAUAGCAGAGGACCACCGCUUCCCUGGGUACCUGGUCUGGAAUUCCUUUCUCAAAUCUGGCCCAGAGAUUUUUGUGCAUCAGUUGGGGAACACUUGCUAGGGCGGCUCGAGUCACUGUGAGAGUUCCAGGGGUUUGGGGAGAGGCGACCCCAAAGCAAGGGCUUCUGGAGAGAUGUGGCGCCAGGGUCUUGGAGGAGAAAUACAUGUAUUUUAGGCUGUGUUUCAGAGGAAGAGGCAGCAACCCUGAAAAGUGACUGUAAUUGCCCAGGAAGAGGCCUCAGACUCUCGAGCUGAAGACUUAGAAUGUGCUGAAAAGCCGGUGCUCUCCUUGGGGAAUCUAGGGACCAGCUGGUGCCCAGGAGAGUGACCUGGAGCACGGAACCCAGGAGACAGAUGGGAAACAAAAGGGUCCUUUAACCGGCAUGGCUUGGAUGGCUACAGAGAAGCUCCCGAUGGAACACCUCUGUCCUUUAUUCCGGGCAGCAACCGGGGCUGGGCAAGACGCUGCUGGCUGGUGACUGACCAGGGGAAGUCUGGCUAAGCCUGCAGGAGAACAGGAGGGCCAAGUCACCUGGAAGUGCUUUCUGUCUGGAAGAUGGCUCCGAACACUUCUACCAUGGAUGGGGCCGGGCUGGCAGUGGAGAGGGAUUUCUCCUUUCGCAUCCUCACGGCCUGUUUCCUGUCGCUGCUCAUCCUGUCCACUCUCCUGGGGAACACCCUGGUCUGCGCCGCUGUCAUCAGGUUCCGACACCUGCGGUCCAAGGUGACCAACUUCUUUGUCAUCUCCUUAGCUGUGUCGGAUCUCUUGGUGGCUGUCUUGGUCAUGCCCUGGAAAGCUGUGGCCGAGAUUGCCGGCUUUUGGCCCUUCGGGUCUUUUUGCAACAUUUGGGUAGCCUUUGACAUCAUGUGCUCCACUGCAUCCAUCCUUAACCUCUGUGUGAUCAGCGUGGACAGGUACUGGGCUAUUUCCAGCCCUUUCCAAUAUGAGAGAAAGAUGACCCCCAAGGCAGCCUUCAUCCUGAUUAGCGUAGCAUGGACUUUAUCUGUUCUUAUCUCCUUUAUCCCAGUGCAGCUAAGCUGGCACAAGGCAAAGCCCAUGUGGCCCUUGGAUGACAAUUCCACUUUCCUGGAAGACAUUGAGGAUGAAAAUUGUGACACCAGGUUGAGCAGGACGUAUGCCAUUUCAUCCUCCCUCAUAAGCUUUUACAUCCCCGUAGCCAUUAUGAUUGUUACCUACACCAGUAUCUACAGGAUUGCCCAGAAACAAAUUCGGCGCAUCUCAGCCUUGGAGAGGGCAGCAGUCCAUGCCAAGAAUUGCCAGACCACGGGUAAUGGAAACCCUGUUGAAUGUUCUCAAUCAGAAAGUUCCUUUAAGAUGUCCUUCAAGAGAGAGACUAAAGUACUGAAGACCCUGUCUGUGAUCAUGGGGGUGUUCGUGUGCUGCUGGCUCCCUUUCUUCAUCUCAAACUGCAUGGUACCCUUCUGUGGGUCUGAGGAGACCCAGCCAUUUUGCAUUGAUUCCAUCACCUUUGAUGUAUUUGUGUGGUUUGGGUGGGCAAAUUCCUCCUUGAACCCCAUUAUUUAUGCCUUUAACGCUGAUUUCCAAAAGGCAUUCUCAACCCUCUUAGGAUGCUAUAGACUUUGUCCUACAACGAAUAAUGCCAUAGAGACAGUGAGCAUCAACAACAAUGGGGCUGUGGCGUUUUCCAGCCACCACGAGCCUCGAGGUUCCAUCUCCAAGGACUGCAAUCUGGUUUACCUGAUCCCCCAUGCUGUGGGCUCCUCCGAGGACCUGAAAAAGGAGGAGGCGGGUGGAAUAGCUAAACCACUGGAGAAGCUGUCCCCGGCCUUAUCGGUCAUAUUGGACUAUGACACUGAUGUCUCUCUAGAGAAGAUCCAACCUGUCACACACAGUGGACAGCACCCAACCUGAGUCUUGAGUCCUCACCUCCGAAGCUAGGACAUCCCUAGAGCUGGCUGUUAAGGAAUUAAGGUCUGGUGGAACUGUGAUCCACCAUGAGAUCCCUCUGCCGCUUCUGAACAAUUACAAAGCUUUUCAAAUGCAUUAAUUACAGUGUGUUUUCUAGGGAUACGUGAAGAGCCACAAGGGAAACGACCUUGGCUCUGAAAUCAUUUUUGAAACCUAUUAUCUUAGGAUGUAA